UUGUCUACUAGUUCGGUGCGGCAGCCAGCCGAGAUGUCGCACCGUAAGUUCUCAGCUCCAAGACAUGGAUCCCUUGGCUUUCUGCCCCGCAAACGCAGCCGUCGACAUCGGGGCAAAGUGAAGAGUUUUCCCAAGGAUGACCCCAGCAAACCCAUCCACCUCACUGCCUUUCUUGGGUACAAGUCUGGCAUGACCCACAUUGUCCGGGAAGUGGACAGACCUGGAUCUAAGGUCAACAAGAAGGAAGUUGUAGAGGCAGUCACUGUGGUAGAGACUCCUCCCAUGGUCAUUGUGGGCAUCGUGGGCUACGUGCAGACUCCCCGUGGCCUCCGCACCUUCAAGACCAUCUUCGCUGAGCACAUCAGUGAUGAGUGCAAGAGACGCUUCUACAAGAACUGGCACAAGUCCAAGAAGAAGGCCUUCACCAAGUAUUGCAAGACGUGGCAGGAUGAGGAGGGCAAAAAGCAGCUAGAGAAGGAUUUCAGUAGCAUGAAGAAGUACUGCCAGGUUAUCUGGGUCAUAGCUCACACUCAGAUGCGUUUGCUUCCACUGCGGCAGAAGAAGUCUCACCUGAUGGAGAUCCAAGUGAAUGGUGGCAGCAUUGCUGAGAAAGUGGAUGUUUGCUGA